CGAGAAUCAUAAUCAGAUCGAAGAGGUGGUACGCCAACUCCUUAGCCCAGGUCGCGUGGCGUGGCUUGAUGUAAGACCACCUCACCAAUAAAAAAUAAAACUGAACCAGCUAAAAAAAUGUAUUGCCCGGAUCAUAGUGUACUGGCUUACAUGACCGCGUUAUAUUUAUGUUUAGUUAAACGCAAUAUGAAUCAUACAGCGAUGACGAAGUGACUCCGCCAGCAGUUCAAUUUGAGCUUUGCAAAAUAACUGUGUAGUACUUCCCGUGUUUUAAUUGUAAGCGAAACGGUAGUUGCGUACUGCAAAUGAGUGUUUACCUAAGCUAAGCAAUAUUAGCGUAGCAGAAAUGGUUUAAAACACGGUACCACGUUAGUAAAAAUGUGUAUAGAUAGACAGUAGAUUAUAGUAUUGUGGGGUAAAAUGGGAUAUAUUUGGCACCCUAAUGCGGUGUUUUCCCAUCGUGUUUUGAACAAUUACGAAUAGUCUAUAUAUGAAUCGCAAGGCUACGGUUAUAAAAUUCUGUGAAUAAUCUUUGUUUACUACUAAGUAACUAAAUGGACAGGGAAAUAAGAUGAAAAUACGUCCCAUCUUAUCCCACCAUCUGAUACGGCUAAAUUUAGUUGAAGUGAGAGUUAACAAAUGAAUGAACAUGUGUUCAUUUAAGCGUUGAUGAACAUAAAAUAUUCAUGUCCGAUGUUAUAGUUGGCUUUCAUAAUCGCAAAGCACACAUAGUCGACCUCGGGAAUAGUUUGAAACUAGGAAAUAUGUAAUAGACAAAAAUCAAGUCUAAGAGUUUGUAUAAUAUAAGAGAUAUAUUUCACUUAAAGGGCAUCGUCAAUUUUUUAUUUAAAUUGAAUUUCCGAGGAGACCAUAGUAUAGCUUGAUAGUUAAAGGAAAGUAAAAACUGCUCCGCUGUUGUCACAUUUUAGAAACAACUAGAAACCGUAAUGGGCAUUAGAGCGGUAGUGAGGUCGGUAAUAGUUUUAAUGCUAUUGAAUGACAGGCAAUUAUCGGCAAACGAUAACUUAUACAACACUAUCAUCAAAAACUACGUCCCACCAGGAUCGGCCGCGUAUGAGAACGCUAAAGGAAAUCUGGUCCAGUACCGACCCGGUGAUAUUUUCAUUGGCGGAAUGAUGCGUGUACAUAAGAGGGGGACGGGCGACAAGUGUUCAACUAUAAGUGACGAUGGAAUUCAAUCCGUUGAAACGUUUAACUUAGUCUUAGAUAAGGUUAACGCGGAUAACAGCAUCUUACGCGGAGUGAAACUCGGCUCCCUGAUGAUCGACACAUGUGAUAUCGACACUCAUGCUUUAAAAGGGGUAAGAUAACUAAUACGUGUCUGACUGCGAUGCGGUGCCGAGACUUUAACUUAAAUGGACUUUCCAGGUGUUGGGGUAAUGUGCUAAAUCUGGCCUAAAUCCCAGGCCCUUGACAAGGACCUCACCCAUAAAAAAAAGGAAUUUUAAGUUCGUCUGGGUAACGAACGUCAUUGCACUAAAUGGCGUUGCACGAAGAGCUAUUUUUAGUAGCUUAACUAGGUCACACUAUUUACUGCGUGUGUUUUGUAUGCUAAUUUUAUCUGAGAAAAUGUCAUGAAACAUUACGCUCGAAAUCGCUAGCGAGCUACAUAAA